CGCUCAUUUCGUCAGCUAUGAUUAACCGGGCUAUCAGCCAUGGCUGCAAGCAAAGAUCUCGAUUGGAUCCCUGAGUAAGCCACUGAUGAGGGGUGAAGAAAGGGUAUAUAUAGGAUGAGCAAGGCCUCUCGGUUUCUGAAUACUUGAAACUCGAAUCAUAGAAUCCCAAUUUUUGUUACCAGAGUUCUGAAUACAAAGCACAUUAUCAAACUAUUUAAACAUACAUCAAUCAGCCAUGGAUUUCGUCAAGAACGCUAUGCACAAGAACGAGGGUCAGCCAGCUGCCCAAGGCGCUGCCGCUCCCCAGGCUCAAGGAGCCCAGAAGGAGGAUUACGUCGACAAGGCUUUCGGCAUGGGCACCAAGAAGGCUGGCUACAACAUGGAUCGCAACACCCAAGAAAAGAUUACCGAUGCCGGCCGAGAAAUGUAUGAGAAGGUGACCGGAAGCAAGGUCAAUCCCAAGAUUUCAAAUUAAUCGACGAGCGAUGAGCGAUGAAGAAUGCAACUGUAACAUAAUAAUAAUUAAUUGAUUGAAUAUUGCUCAAUUCUUUUUACCCGGUC